GCCAGAAACAGAACGCGGCAGAACGUUGGCAAGGCGCGCGCUCGCUCGUCGCUCAGUUGGCAACGCAAAACCGUUGGUUUUCGGAGGGGGGGCGGCGGUGUUUGGGGUGGAAGAAGAGUGUGGGAAAGAGGCUCCACAUCGAGAGCCACGCGAAAUCCUAAAAAAUUGAAACGGAGGUGAAAACGGAAAAGAAAUUGCAAUUCAAUCGAUGCGACUAGAAAAGCUGCAAUUAGGCCAAUUGAAUUAUUAAUUGAAUUAACGCAAACGCGUGCAAAAAAGUGCUAAAAUGUUCGGCUGCAUAUAUCAGCUGUGGGACUGGUUGGAGGCGCCACCGCUCUUCACGGCCGGCACCAUGGACGCCAAGAAGCUGCAGCAGCUGCAGGAGGCGGCCAUAAUGGCACAGCAGCAGAAGAAGCUGCCGCUGGCCUACCAAACGAAUCUCGUGGAUUACCGCACGGCCAGCCACUCGCCGGCGGCCAUCUACCACCAGGCGCUGUACCAGCAAUCGCCCACGGCCACCAGCUCCAGCGGCGGUGGGCCGCUCUCCCCCAUCGAGCUGCAGCCGCAGUCGAAGCACCACAAUCUGAUGAAGCACGGCCACGGCGGCGGCACUUCGAGCAGCUCCCACAGCUCGCCCUAUCAUCAGUCAUACUCGAGCAGCGGCGGCACCGGCGAGCAGAUCUACCAGUCGCCCACGGAGCGCACCUACCUGGCGGCGGCGGGGCGGCUGCAGGCCAGCAACGCCAUGGCCGGGCACAAUCCCAUAUCGGCGCUGCAGGCACAGUACCAGCAGCUGCAUCAGGCCAAGAUGCACGCCCAGUUGGCCACCCAGAAUGAGGCGGUGCACCAGCAGCAGCGAACGUUUGCCAUGCGGCAGGCCAUCAAUCCACCGACGGGCCACUACCACAUGAGUCAGUCCCCCAGCAUGGUGUCCAACAUGACGACCAUUACUCAGCAGCAGCAGCAACAGCAGCAACAAUUGUUGCAACAGCAGCAGCGGGCUCCGCCCUCCACGCUGAAUCUGCAGAAUCAAUAUCAGCCAGCGCAGGGUCCGUUGAAGUUGCAACAACAGCAGCAGCAGCAGCAACAGCAGCAACCACAGAUGCCGAAGCACUACCAGGAGCAGCUGUAUGCCCACCAGCAGCAGCAGCAGUUGCAACAACAGCAGCUUCAGCUUCAGCAGCAACAGCAGCAACAGCAACAGCAGCAACAGCAGCAACAUCGCCAUAAAGCGGAUCUGCAGACGCCGGGCAGCGAGCACGGAACCGUCUACAUCCAACAGAAUCAUCCGGGACACGUGGUGAACCAGGCGUGCCAGACGCAGAUAUCUACGGUGAAGCCCAAGGCGACGCCCAGCUCCGAAGAGUCCUCAUCCACAUCCACCAAGAGCCCCACUCACGCGCCACUCGAUCGCAAGAAGAGCGCGGGCUCCAUUCAGGCACUCAAGUCGCCCAUUACCAAGCGGCCGCCCACCACGCCCGUCACCCUGUCCGGCUGGCUGCACAAGCAGGGCUCCGAUGGCCUCAAGGUGUGGCGCAAGCGAUGGUUCGUGCUGGCCGAGUACUGCAUGUACUACUACAAGGGGCCCGAGGAGGAGAAGCUGCUGGGCUCGGUGCUGCUGCCCUCGUAUCGGGUGUCCGCCUGCCUGCCGGAGGACAAGAUCUACCGCAAGUUUGCCUUCAAGUGCGAGCACCAGAACAUGAGAACCUACUGGCUGGCGGCGGAGAGCGCCGACGCCAUGGUGCAGUGGGUGCGAGCCCUGGCGGCGGCCAGUCUGAUGCAGGCACCCAGCAGCGGUGAAUCGGAGCCGAGUGUGAGUUCGUCCCUCAACCACAGUGGGGAGAACUCGGACUCGGGCAUCCACACCCUGCAAUCGCAGCCCAGCAAGGGACAGCCAACGCCGUCCUCGGACAAUGCAGGAAGCACUGGAGGAGGAGGCGCCCAGCCCCUCUACGCCAAUGCUCCGCCCAAGCCGCGUCGCACCAACGACGGCGGCUACUCCUCCCCAUCGCCGGAGCACAACGAACAGCCACAGCAACAACAGCAGCAACAGCCGCAGCAGCAGCAGCAGCAGUCUUCUAGUCGCCGCCUGAUGUCGCCCACGCAGCAGCUUUAUCAGCAGCAGCAGCACCAACAACAGCAACGAUCUCAGCAGCAGCAGCAGCAGCAGCCGCAGCAGCAUCAUGCCAUCUACGACACGAGAACGGGCCACGUCUCGUCCGCGCUGCAGCUGCAGCAGGCGCAGCAGCAGUACAAUCUGGAUCACCUGGAGGCGCAGUUCCAGCAGCAGCAGCUGGACAUGGAGGAGCAGAUUGUGCGGCUGCAGCAGCAGCGGGCCGCCGAGGAGAUCUACGGCGAGCGGGAGAUGUACAUGGCGAAGCUGAUACAGCAGCGUGCCGCCGGCGGCGGCUAUCCCACCCAGCAGCAGCUGCUGCAGGCCGAGCGACGCACGCCGGAUGCCUACGGGCGUUCCAAGCAGCAGCGCCUGUUUGCCGCCGCAGCCGCAGCGGCCGACUACGAGGAUAUCUACAACAUGUCGCAGUUGGCCGGCGGCGGGCAAGUGCCCAUGUCCGCACAGGAGGCGCUGCUGCAGGAGGCGGCCAGCUACCGACGGCCCCUCAGCCCGCCCAGCUACGAUGGCAGCAAACAUUUGCCGGCCAUGCCCCAACGAUACACGCCCAAUCACUUGGAGGCCAACGCUGAUCAGCUAAUCAAUACCAUGGACUUGCGUGCCCGCUCCGCAGCGGCCAUCGUGCGUCCCCACUCGGCGGACUUUCUGGAGUAUGAGGCGCGUGCCGAGGCCGCUGCAGCUGCGGCCGCCGCAGCGGUGGCCCAGAGCAAGCACGAGAGCGGACGUGCUCCGCGACCCAAGUCCAGCCUGGACAUCAAUCGCACCCCGGACAGCUUCUACUACUCGGAGGCCAGCUACGCGGAGAAGAUGCGCAAGAGUGCGCUCUACUUGCAGAGCGGUGGAGGAGGAGCUGGCGCGGCACAGCCACAGCAGGCGGGUAGCUAUCGCACCGCUGGCGGCGACUUUGGGUCCGGCGUGAACACCAUUGGGUACGAGAAUCCCUACGAGCGGGCGUACAAGCGGCAGGAACUGCUGGCCGAGGCACAGGCCCAGGGUGGCGUGGCCAGCAGCAUGCCACGCAUGAGUCGCUCGGCCAGCCAGGGGGCAGGCUGUGGGUCGGUGGCACGCUCAGCCUCUGCCCUGCCCCAGCAACAGCACCAGCACCAGAACCAGCUGCAGCAGCAGCACUCGGAGGAUCUGCCUCCGCUCAAUGUGCAUCCGGGCUCCAUUUUCCCGCCGUCGAUGUCCACGCAGGAGAUCAUAUGCAAGAACGAGCAGUUCCUGCGCUCGGCCAGUGCCCGUCUGCCGAAGCGCAGCGGCGGCAUGGACGAUGACUACUCGGCGGGCAACUCGACCACCACGUCGCCCACAUCGGGCGCGGUGCCCUCGCCGCAGCACGCCCAGGAUGGGGAACGCAAGCGCGAGGAGUCCAUGAAGCGGCUGCUGGAGUGGAAGCAGCGCAUGCUGCAGUCCCCGCUCACCCGCAAGGGCGUGCAGCAGGGCGGCAGCAACAUGUCCGCCAUGUCCAAGCUGGGCAGCAAUCCGAACAUUCUGCUGUCCUCGACGGCGGUGGCCAGUGGCGCUCGCUAUGGCCCCCAGGCGGGCAAGACGGCUGGACUGCUGGCCAACGGGGGCUCUGCCACCGCGCAGCCUGCUGCCGCGGGCAUACAACGUUCCAGAUCGGAGACGCAGGCGAAUGUGGGACCCGGCGGAGUGUACAACAGCUACUCGUCGGACGAUGAGGAUGGGACUGUGGAUGAUACAGGGUAUCAUGGUAGCGCGGCAGGAAGGUCUACAACAGAAACAGAAACAACAACGACUAAUGAAAAUACAACAACAACAACAACGACACGAAAUACAAUAGCAACAACAGCAAUAGCAGCAACAACAGCAAUAGCAUUAGAAACGAACAAAACAACAAUAGAAAGACUUAGCAGUAGCCACAAUUUAAGCAGUUUAACACAAAAACCAACAGGCAGCGGAGAAGAAAACACUCCAACAGCCACACCAACAAUAACGCCAAAAAUCAAUGCAAAAUUCCAUCUAAAACCCAUUCUAAAAGUGCACGAGGCCAGCCGAACGCCCAUUAUUCAGGUACAGCCAAAACGGCCCGAGGAGAGGCCCAAACUGAAAUUGCAAUUGCCACCGGCGGACAUAGAUGGGGAGCAUGCGGAGCAGCAGCCUGUGCCCAUUUUGCCAAAGAAAGCAGCGCCCAAGUCGCCGCAGAAUGCCAAUUAUGUUCCCGUAUACAACAAUAAGCUGGUCAGCAGCGGCAACUAUGAAAACAUGGAAUUUGGCAAGCCAAUUCAGAGCCCAGUCCCAGUCCCAGCCCAGGCAGAGGCAGAGGCACAGACAGGGGCACAGGCACAGUCUCUGUGCAGUGUGGCGAUUAAUGAUCCCGAGGAGACACCAAUGUUGAUGCAGCUAAAGCUGUUUAAGGAGCAGCAACAAGAGGCCACACAAAAGCAGGAGCAGCAGCAGCAGCACCAGCAGCAACAGGACGAGGACGAUUUAACGCCAACGGCAGAGAGCAGGCCUCCACUUGGAGAGGCCUCCAUCGAAGAUAAUGAUGAUGAUGAUGAUGAUGCAGCUCGAAUGAGAGACGAAAUACAGACAGAUGACGAAGCCUUUGCCGAUGCCUAUGCAGAUGAAGUGGAGGAUGAUGAGGAUGAGAGCACUGCCUGUGAGGAGUACACAGACGAUGAUAUUGACGAGGCCCUGGCGCAGGAUGACGAUGAUGACGAUGAUGAGGAGGAGGCAAUGGCUGCUGACAUGACUGACCUGCCAAGUGAUAGGGAACUGCAGCAGCUUUAUGUGAACGAGCCGAUUACGCCCACGGAUCAGCAGUUCGAUGAGAGCCACUAUCUGCCCAUGACGCCCAAGAAGGUGGAACUGGGUCAGCCAGGCAUCCUCAGCCUGGUGGCCACCCACGACAGCUACAGGGAGCAGGAGGAGGAGAAUCACUACGUGGAAAUGACCAAGGGCAUACAGGACGAGGAUGGCAGAAACAACUACGAGAUCAUGUGCAUUGCCAGCACCAGCAGCAGCAGCAGCAGAAUAACCAAAGCGGAGCCUGUUUACAUGGAGCUGGCGGGGGUGAAGGCAGCAGCAGCAGCAUCCGCCGCCGAAGAGGCACACUGCUCAUCCGGUCGCUCCACGCUGAAAAAGGCAAAGAAGUGCGGCACAGAGACGCUGAAGAAGAAGUCCAAGAAGCGGCAGGGCAAGGAUAUGCCGGAUAUACUGAAGCCGGCGAAGAGUGCUUUGGCGCUGGCCAGCGACAGUUCGGACGCGGAUGACGAGAGCAGCCGGCAGCAACUGGAGGCCAAGAAGCUGCGCUCGCGGUCGCGUUUCAGCCUGUCGGACACUUUCAGGCCGGCAUCCUACUACCUGGGCGCCUCCACGCCGCUGAACAACUAUGCGGAGAGCUCGGAUAGCGAAAUAUUGCCACCGCCGCCCAUUCCCGACUCGCCACCGCCCAUGGAGGAGCUGAAGACGGAGGAGAUAUUCUCCUCGGAGCACUACGACACCGUGAAGAGGCGCGACAGCAAGGUGAAUCUGUCCUACGAGCAGCUGCCCAAGCUGCAUGCCAGCAACACCUCGCUCAACCUGUCCAAGGUCGAUCCCAGCACCACGCUCAAGUGCAGUCGCCUCUCCCUGCCCGAUCACUUUGCCAAGGCUCGUGGCGGCAACCCGUCCCGCACUGCAGCCAUGGCAGCCCACAAAGGCACGGCCACGCCCACGGUGCUGCUGAAGCAGCAUCACGCCCGCACGCUGUCCGACUCGAACUACAGCUGCCAGACGGACAACAGCUCGUCGCGCACCUCCUCGGACCUGGAGCUGUACCGCAAGCGCGGACAGCAGCAGCGCCCGUCGCCGGCCCGCUGUCCCAGCAACAACUCCCUGCCGCUGCGCUAUGUGGGGGACAGCAGCGAGAACGAGUCGUCGGGGGUGGAGUUCAGGCAGCGGUCGGACUCGGAGCUGGACCGCCAGCGGUCGCGGCGGCCGCUCUCCCAGGAGUCGAUCAGCGAGAUUGAGUCGCUGAGCGAACAGUUCGAGGAGACGCUGAGCAGCCACGAGCUGGACACGUACCUGAGCCAUCUGCAGGGCAGGGAUCUGCUGCCCUACCAGCACACCCCGGGCACCAGCCACACUGGCCACGCCACGCCCACCAGCCACCUGCUGAACGAUGCGAAUGCAGCGGCAGGCGCGGACAUACUGACCAAUCUCAUCAAGCCGCCAAAGACAUUCCGCAAUGCAGAUGACGGCGACGGGGAGCAGCACUUUUACGGCAACAUUCACUUUCUCUCCUCCACUGACUCCAUCCAGCAGCUGGGCGAGGGCGGCGCUGCGGCUGUGGCGGCUGUGGCAGCUGUGGCAGCGGCUGCCUACCUCACGCCCAUGCACAGCCGCAACAACAGCAACAUAUCGACGCAGUCGGCUCCGUACUACUACUCGGAGCUGCCGGCACCGCUGCCGCUGAACAAUCAGCGGGACAUCCAUGCCCAUGGCCUGAACAUUGCCCACAUACACAACCCCAUCGAUCGGCACCAGUUCAAUGUGGAUGCACUGGUGGAGAAGGACCAGGCCAUCGACAGCAAGAAUCUGUACUGCGUGAAGGCCAACAACGAGAAGCUCAGCUACAGCAGCAACAAGAACCUGAAGGCGGCGGGCCAGGCCCAGCUCAAGCUCAACAAUAUGCAGCUGGUGGGUGGCGGUGAGGCAGUGGAGCACCCACUGCUGGAGAGCGGCAGUCCCAGCAGCAGUGGCAUACAGAUCCAGAUGCAGAUACAGAGCCAUAGCCAGAGCCAGAGCAAUCCACUAAACCCAGCCCAUUCAUUUCUCACAACUACUAAAAACACAAAUCUCGCUCGUAAAUCGAUUGGUGGUAGCCUUGUCUUGGAUGAAGGACCUCAUAGCGAUAGCGGUAACGAUGGUGUGGACGUUCAUGGUGUGGGCGCAUCACGAAGUGCAUGCAAUAAUGGCAAUCAACUCUCAGUUUUAGGUGGCGAACUGCUCUGGGAGGAGGACACCCUGUGGCGUGAGAGUCUGCGUCGCGUCUCGCAGCGGCAUGCUCGCUCCUUGGACGAUCUCGAUAGGAUCACUGCCGGCCCAGUGUGCAGCACACCCAAGUCCAAGCUCAGUCGUGAGGUGACUUAUGUGAAUGACAGCCAGAAGCCAACCCAAAGGCAACAGCAUCAGCAGCCGCAGCAGCUGCAGCAGCAGUUGGCCAGCGAUGAGCACGAUGUGUAUGUGCAGCUGUUGGCCAAUAGUUCUCAGUUCGCUCAGAGCCAGCAGGAUCAGACCGAUUCGGAUGUGUACGAGGUGCUGCGCGAGGACACUGCCUCGAAUCUGUCGCACAAAUCCAACGAGCUGGAUCGCGAAAAUAUCCGACAGUGGGACGCAAUGUCCAGUGGCCUAAUGAAAACAAGUCACAAUGUGGACAGCAGUGGCGGACCCAAACCCAAUCUGCCGCUGACCAGCAGUGUGCGCUCCAUCAUCCAGCAGCUGAAUGGCAGUGGCAAUAAUAAUAAUAAUACUGACGAUGCCAAUGGCAAUCCCAUUGAGGCCUCGAUUUCGGUGCGCAAUGUUAACAAUUUGCCCAUGGGCAAUCUGACGGUGAAGCCGGAGCCAUCCGACGGGCAGCAGGAGUCGGCCUUUGCUCCCUACUAUGGCAGCGCCGCCGAAACAAAAUACGCCAAGGCCACAGUGCUAACGGAUCGCGGCCUCUACGCCGGAGCCACAUCCACGCCGCAGCAGCCACAGUCACAGCAGCCACAGCAGCAGCAGCAGUUCCGUAUGCGACGUGCUGGCAGUCGGGCGGAAAUCGAUAUGCUAGAGCGGGAGACGAGCUGCCAGAUAAGGAAUCGCCUGCGCAGCGCCGAGGGUCUGACCCGUGCCGAGAGCAUCCAGCGAUUGGACUACUUGAAGCAGCACCUGCUUGACCUGGAGCGGCAGUACGAGAAGAGCAAGCCGCUGGUCAAUCUGGUCGACAAUAUGGUAAAGUUGGGCUCGCUGUACCGCAACGAUGCCAAUGGACGGGCACAGCCGGCCACACUGGAUCGCCUGGAGUUCAAUCAGCGAAUGCAGGAGCGCCAGAUGCUGCAGGAGGAGCAAAAACAGUGGGAACGUCUCAGUCCCAAUCAGGCCGAGCUGCAGGUACGCGAGCUUUACCAACUCGAUCAGCUGCUGCAGGAGGAGUCGGGCAUUCUGCAAAGCUUGCAGCGUGACAAGGAGGACCUGGAGCGGGCCCUGGGCGGACUGCGGGCGCGCAUUCACGACAGCAAUGCCACACCCAUGGCACUGGAGGCGGCCAAGAAGCAGCAGCACAUCCUGGAGCGUGAACUGUCGCGUGUCCACCAGCUGCUGGCCGAGAACUCAAAGAAACUGGAGCAAACCGUGGCCGGCAAUGCGCGCCUCGAGCAGGAACUGCUGCUGCUGCGCCAGAAGGUGCAGGCCACGCGUGCCAGCAGCAGCAAUGGGCUGGAGUCCCAUGUGAAUGGCGGCGACCAGACGGCCGUCGUGCUGCAGUCGGAGCUGGAGCGGGUGCAGUGCCUGGUGGGCGACAUGCAGCGACAGCGCCAUGAGCUGAGCUCCGCCGUGCGCCAACUGACGGAGAACUCGACGCGUCUGUACCAGGAGAUUGGCAACAAGGAAAUGACAGCCGUCAAUGGGGGCGGCGGCGGCGGCUCCAGCAAUGGCAGCCUCAAGAAGCGCAGCAACUCGACCAGCUGGACGGAGACCGAUCUGGAUGCCAGCAUGCAGUGGAAUGGCAGUCGCCAGAACCUCAGCGACUCGACCCUCAAUCUAUCCACACCGCUCUAUGUGGACACGAACAGCUCGGCCAAGCUGAGCGACUACAAUCGCUACAAUGGCGGCGGGGGCGGCGGCGGCAGCAGCGAUGCCCUGGAGAUGAGCGGCGUGGACAGCGAUGGCUUCCUGGACAGCAAUCCGUUUGCCAAUCUGAGCAAUCUGGAGAAGCAGGAGAUCAAAACGGUUCGCAUUGUGAAGCGCGAGUCGGAGCGUCGUCAUCGCGAUCGCAGCGAGCGUGGCCUCAGCAGCUCCAUACAGAACCUGGACCAAGUGCUGGAGGAGGAGCAGUACGCCCAGCAACAGCAGCAGCUGGCAGCACAGCAGCAGCAGCAACAGCAGCUGUAUGGCCACAGCAUGGAGGAGCAGAUGACCAACGGACAUCACAGCCGCUCCAAGUCGCUGCCACGGAACUACAGCGAGCCACCAAAGCCGAGGAACAGUCGCCACAUGAACGGCGGUGGAGCCGUGAAGCAGAAUGGCCACCACUACAGCGGCAGCUACGACUACGACAGGAACAGCAACUACGAGCAUCAGCCGCCGCCACCACCAGCACCGUCAGCUGCGCCAGUGCCACAGAGCAAUGGCCACCAUCACCAUGCGCACCACCAGCAGCGGGAGCGGGAGCACCUCAAUCCUCUGGCCAAUGCCUAUUUCGCCAAGCAACUGCAGCAGCAGGCGAAUCCCUCGCGGGACAGUGCCAGGGUGGCGCUGCGCACCAAGACAGACUCAUUGCAGAGCCUCAACAAGAGCCUGACGGACAUCAGCCCCGAGCCGGUGUUCCAGAGCGUGGCCGCUCGCCAGAUCAUCAACGAGAUGUCCGCCGGCUCGGCAUCGGAGGACACCGAGAAGAUUGUCGAGAAGGUGCCGCCGCCGCACAAGCAUCGACGGGCAGUGCCGCGGGAGAAGCGACGCCACUACACGGCACCCAACAACGUCAACCAGAAGGCCAUGGAGAAGGUGCAGGCGGAGAACGACAUGAAUCGCAAUAACACAAACUGGCGAGCACGCGAUGAUCUGGACAUGGAGGUGGCCCUGCGGCCGCGCAUGAAUGCCCCCGAUGUGGUGCGUUCGGCACUGGGACAGGGCGAGAAGAUCUCUGAGAAUACCAUUGAUAACUUGCUGCUGGCGCCCAACAAAAUAGUCAUUCCCGAGCGUUACAUACCAGAGACAACGCCCGAACUAUCGCCCGAGGAGAAGAAGCGUCGCCAGGAGAAGGUCGAGUCCAUUAAGAAGAUGCUGUCCGAGGCGCCACUUAGCAGCAACGAGAACGAGAGCCUGCCGCCGAGCAAAAUAACAGCGGAGAAGAAGCAGCGCGAACACUUGCUGCAGCUCAACCAGAUCCUGGCCCAGCAGGUGAUGCAAGUCAGCAAGAUUGUGGCCGGCAAUCCCACUAGUCACAACUAAUUACCCAGUAGAGCCAGUCGUGUUGUUUCUGUUCACAAUUUGUUUGUUUGUUUGUUUGUUUUUUUGAUUUGUACUCGUUUGGCAUUUACCAAAACAUUUCGUUCACAUUGUGAUUGUGAGAGAAGUUUUGUUCGCAUCACGAUCAGCCACCCGGUGCCGCGCUAUCAAAACAUAUUGUUCGAAGCACUCAAACAGCAAUACGAAUACAAACCUAUACAUAUAUAUGCAUACAUAGUACGGUACACUUAAGUAUAUACAGUAACUGUCAUAACAACAGCAACAGCAACAAGAAUACACCACAGCAGUUGAGAUUACAGCAUGCAAAACUCACUAAAAAAAACAAAGAAAAGUAAAACUCUCACUUCAAAAACAAAACGCAAAAUUCACAAACAACAACAAC